AUGUCCCUACGCUCAUUAGCACUUUUGAUUCAGCUAUACCUUUGCUUGGCUGUAGCAGACCUUGCGAUAGUAAAACCAGAAAGUGGUGAUGAAUUUCCCGUUUUGUCAAAUUCGGCAUCCUUCGAUGUAGAAUGGACAGACGCUGGCCAUGAACCAGAUUUGAGUUCAGUGACGCAGUACGUCUUCACGCUAUGUUCCGGUCCUAACAAUAAAAUUGAAGCUGUCACUACUCUGGCAACAGUACCUGCAGGAGAGGUUAAUAAUAAGAAAUACACUGUCACCGUCAAUCCAAACGCUGGUGCAAGUGGUACCUAUUUCAUACAGGUGGUGGCUAUUUCACCAGAGUGGAUAACAAUCCAUUACUCCACCAGAUUUACUCUAUCUGGGAUGCGUGGCAAUAAAGCUGCACCAAAGGUAAAUGAACCCCAAAGUCCGCCACCAGAAACUAUGAGAAUAGGUCCGGAUGGGCCUCCACCACCCAUAGACUCUGCUUCCUUCAAAAUUCCAUAUGCGUCACAAAGUGGGUUGACGCUCUUUGCGCCCAUGCAGACCCAACCGGGGUCAAAAGUCACCGCAACACAAUGGACUCGAAUAAACCCAACAAGUGUUUGCACUUUUUUCAAGACUGACACUAUUCAACCUCAAUUGAAAACUACAAUAACAGCGGGCUGGGACUACACGGUUCAAAGCCGUAUUAAUGAUGCCCAUCCCAGACCAAUGCCGGCGGAAAAUGGAGGGUGGUACAAGCCUGCAGAUAAGAAGACCCUGACAGCCCGUAAGGUUAAUAGAUUCGUGUAUUAA